UUACAACGGCGCCCGGGCGCGAUUAAUCGAGCACCCUCAAUGUUACAUGAGCAGCCAGAAAAACUGCCUAUGAACGCACACUUUGGAUGCGACACAACUAUGCCGGAAUAGAGACAAUUCGCUACAGCAUGCCUACAUAUUUUAUUUAAGGCUCAUGCUGAUAAAAAAAAUAUAUCUGCAGACAGCAGGAGCACAGGCACGCCUGACUCUCUCUCAGACAUCCCUCCCAUGUGAUCUCACAGGCUUCCUCCCUCCACUCCAGUCAGGAUCCAGCCUUUCAGCCGGCAGCAGCUAAUGAGUCUUUGUGUGGCUAGGGUGAGUAAGACAGAGAGGAGGAGUUAGAGAGGAAGGGAAAGGGAUAGUUAAAGAGAGAGUGCCUAUCUUCAUUUAACAAUAAACAUAUGGUACCGGCAGUGGCAGUCAGGGCUGGGAAAUGUACAAGUCUCUCUGUGUCUCUCCCUAUCUCUCCCUCUCAGCCGGCACUCGUGCCCUCAGAGUUGCAGGGUCGCAGUAAGUCAGUGGACUAAAGCAAAAUGGGAGCCCUUUAUUUAUCAUGUUUCACCUCUUUUUGAGUGCUUCAUUUAGAUUUUGCUCCCAAGUCUCACUGUGAGAAGGGGGUCAAAGGAGACGGAAAACACGCCAGUGGACACAGGUGCAGUGGCGGAGACGGAGAGGAGGGCCAUGAGCGGAAUACUUAAGAGGAGGUUUGAGGAGGUGUCCUCCUCGCCAUGCUCCUCGUUGCGGGAGUCUGAUUACGAGGUCUCCUGCAGCGAGAGCGGGGACAGCAGCGACAGUGUCAACCCCUCGGCCUCGGGCACGUUCACCCCUGAUUCCAUACUGAAGCGAGAGAAGCGUGUGAGGACGAGGAGGGUGCACUUUGACAACGUGACGGUGUACUACUUCAGCCGGCGCCAGGGUUUCACCAGUGUGCCCAGUCAGGGAGGCAGUACGCUGGGCAUGUCCAACAGACACAGCUGUGUCAGGCAGUUCUCCCUGGGAGAGUUUGCCCUGGAGCAGGAGAGGAUCCACAGAGACAUGCUCCGAGAUCAUCUGAAGGAGGAGAAAAUCAACUCCAUUAAACUCAAGCUGACUAAGAACGGUACAGUGGAGUCGGAGGAGGCCAACACGCUCACGGCUGAGGACAUCUCUGACGAUGACAUUGAUCUGGAAAACACGGAGGUGGAUGAGUACUUCUUCCUCCAGCCCCUCACCACGAAGAAGCGCCGGGCUCUGCUGCGGACCUCGGGGGUGAAGAAGAUUGACGUGGAGGAGAAGCACGAGCUGCGGGCCAUCCGGUUGUCCAGGGAGGACUGUGGCUGCGACUGCAGAGUGUUCUGUGACCCAGAGACAUGUGCGUGCAGUGUAGCAGGAAUCAAAUGCCAGGUGGACCGCAUGUCUUUUCCCUGUGGCUGUACCAAGGAGGGCUGUAGCAACGCGGCCGGCCGGGUGGAAUUUAACCCCAUCCGUGUACGGACCCACUUCCUGCACACCAUCAUGAAGCUAGAGCUGGAGAAGAGCCGCGAGCAGCAGCAGGCCUCCUCUGCCAAUGGUUACCAUGGCGAAAGCAACGGCCACAGCCACGGCAACCCGCUGGUCCAGACCCAACAUAGUCUGGAGUACUCUCUGACAGACCCAACACUCCAACAGUCUGCCAUCAUGCACCUCCAGACAGCUGAAAACAUGGAAGAGCCUCUAGAUGAUGAGGAUGAGGACGAUGAGGAGAAUGAGGAGGAUGAGGAGGACGAAGAGGACAACAGCAGUUUAUGCAGCGGACUGUCUGACUCCAGCACUCGGAGCUUGGCUAACAGUGACUCUGAGGAAGAGGAGGAUGAGGAUGAGGAGAAGUCGGAGGACUUUGAGGAUGGUGUGAGCACGCCGCCUGUGUCCCACACAGAGGUUGUCCCUCUGUCCUCUGUGUUGUGUUACUCUGAUGGCACCGUGGCACAGGACAACCACAUUGAAAAGCACAUGAAUGGAAACUCUUAUUUACUCAGCUCCCAAGCCGAGUAUUAUCAGCAGGAGAACCCCAGUGCUGUUGCCUCUGCCAACGGGACGGCCAGCCAACCCAGUGAAACUUACGGAGAGGCCUUAUCAUUCCCACACCCAGUUAGCACUAGCAGCGGGGCCAUGACACAAGGACCAUUCAACAUGGCCGCCGACAAGGCAGAGCAGUACACAGACUACCCCCAACAGGCUGAGGAACAGUACACCAAUCAACACUUUACCCUGACCAACGGCAGAGCAGCAACCACUGCCAUGGGCUGCUGCACACCUGACCUGGAAAACAACAUGGUCCAAUCUAAAGGAACAUUCCCUGAGCAGCCUGGGGGCAUUAGCCAGAUGGAGUUCCACAACAACUACCUGAACAAUAAGAGCUCCCAGAAAGGCUACGGUAGUAAUGGGAAGUGUUUUGUAACAGAGCAGCCAAAGGAAGUGUCUAGUGCUAAUGAUUUGUCUGAAGGGCCUUCUCUAGCAGACAGUACAAAGACCUCUGCAUUAGCAGAGAAUCUCCCCCAGGUCGCACCAGUUUAGUGGGCCUAGCUCACCUGUCUGUAGACUUCAUGUUGUCUUUUCUUAAUGAACGACCCACUGGGCACAGUUCAAUGUCAACUAACGUGAAUUCAAUGUGAAAUCAACAACAAAUGUUACCAUGUCAUUGGAUUUAGGUUAAAAGCUGGGUGAAAGAGAAGACUAAAUGCCCUUACAUUGAUUCUUUUUUGAAAAUCCAAUCAGUUUUCGACAUUGAUUCAAUGUCAUCGCAUAGAUUUUGGGGUUGAAAUGACGUGGAAACAACGUUGAUUCAACCAGUGUUUGGCCCGUGGGAAGGCUGACCAAGUGUUGAAGAUCUUUAUGGCCUUUAAUUUGAACUAAACUUUCCAAGUAAUUCGCAAGACCAGACAUUACAUUGACAUUAUUAAGCUAAAGGUUCCAUGAUGAGAAACAUUUCUAAUUAACCCCCUGAUUUCUAAUAUUCUAAAGUGCAAGAUGGAAUCAGUCAACAAAAACUGCAAGCUAUAAGCCUGUGCAAUGUAUCUCGUAAUUUUAAAGGUAAAGAUUUAAGCAUAUAUUGUGAGUGGGACUUUUCUAUGUUUGUGUCAAAUGUGUAAAAAAAAUAUUGUCACAGUUUAUUUAUUGGUUCUGAAGUAUAUGUAUACUUAUGUUUUGAUAACUAUAAAUGCAUGUUCUUUUGGGUCUUUCAAUGGCAUUUAUGAGAAUUUGACCAUGGUCAAUUUGGGUUGAUAAAAUCUGUAUCAAUGUACUGUACAAACCUUAUUAUUGUGUUGUCACAUCCAUGCUUUUAUAUGGUCUGGAAAAGCUUGAAACAGACUACCACUUGUAUUUAUUUAUUUUGAAUUAUAAUGCCAAGAGCAUCAUUUCAUUGGAAACAUUAAAGUUAAAAGGAUUCACACAGUAGAUGUUUAGACUACUAAUGUAGUACUUUGACAGCUCUCAAAGACCAUAUACAACUAUCAAAUAUAUGGGAACAACAGGACAAUAAUAUGAUCAGUAAAUCAUAUUUCAUGGGGCUUAAUUUCCAAUAAAUAUGUCAUAAUAAACAAUACGUAACUCUUCGAAACUGGGGACAACAUUUGUAUUGCUGGGUUGGACAGGGAAAUUAUUUCAAGUACAUAUUUGCACAGACAUUCCAUUCUCUUAUGACAACGGACAGUAAAUACCUGAAGAGAUUGUUUGUACAGAUAAGAACGUUAUUGUGUGACACAGAAGUGUGAAGCGCAAUAAUAACAGGAAAUGCAAAGCAACCCUUCGAAGGUCUUAAUGAAAGCCAUGUCAUACUCUCGAGAGCCACAUCAGGCAUUUAAGGUCGGACAAUCAAGUAAGCCUAUGAUUCAUAUCAGCGCCAAGUUAGAGAAUGACUGAUCAGCCUGAGACAUUGGGAGAAAAGUAUGAUUUGCAGAAAAUCUGUAAAUAACAUUGAAAUAACUUACAAGGCCAUUGAACAGAAUGCUCCAGAUUUGUAUUGCUACAACUGUAUUAAAACGUUAGGGACAGCCUUUACAAUGAAAUACCAACAUUCCCUCCCCAUUAAAGGAGUGGGCAGCCCUGCAUGUAUCCCUGUCCUCUAAGUCUGCACCGUGUCUCUAUUCAACCAACACUACUUGAUUUGUGAUUCUGCACCUGACUGAAACAUAAAGUAAUAAUGUUACCUCACCUCAUUGGCAAACAAAGUGCAUCCAGCUGUCAGCCAAUCAGUGCUACUGUAUGGACUAUACAGUAGCACUGCCAAAGUAUUUAAGGGAAGGCAAGAUACAGUAACAUUGCAUCCAAUUGAGUAAUUCUGCUGUGUUUAUGAUUUUCAGUAUUUAUUAUGAAUGAUAUAUUGAAAUGUGUAUUUAUUGUGCUUUACUGAACUGUCUGUAUUGGAUUAAAACAUGUUUCUGUCUAAAAUGUUGCUUGUUUCAUGAUGGUUGUGAGUUGUACAGCUCCAUGUGCCUGAUUUCAUUAUAUCGCUUACUAUAAUGUGAAACAGAUUACUUUUUGUACGGAAUGGUAUAAAUGCUUCAAUGUGUUUUGGUUUCUUAACGUUAGAUAAAGCCAAAAUGUUAUGCCAUUUUUUGUUGCGUUUUUGCUUUAACAAUACAUGACCUUUAAAUAAAAUGAAA